CUCUCCGGAGCCCAACUGGCUUUUCUUCCCCAAGUCUGGUUGCUUCGCUGCUUUUAUAACCUGGGUUUCUCGAUUUAACAGUCGCAUCAAGAUGCGGGCCAUCUUGACGGCAAAGAUUUUAUCUCAUGAUGAUUACAAGAUCGGGUGGAUUUGCGCCUUACCGCUGGAGAUGGCAGCAGCUCAGACCCUUUUAGAUGAGGUCCACGAGGACUUGCCCGUUCAGCCAAAUGAUCACAACGCAUAUACGCUUGGGGCCAUUGGGAAGCAUAAUAUCGUGAUCGCAUGCUUGCCUAGUGGCGACUGUGGCAAUACAUUCACCACCGUAUCAAUGCAACUGUUGUCCAGUUUUCGCUCUAUCCAGUAUGGCCUGGUGGUCGGUAUUGGGGAAGGAGUACCACGAAAGGAUAUGGAUAUUCGCCGCGGUGAUAUCGUGGUUAGCAAGCCAACGGCUACCCACGGAGGAGUUAUACAGUAUGACUUCGGCAAAGUGUUGAGUGGCAGUGUGUUUCAGCAGACGGGUAUGCUGAACCGACCACCCCAGAUCUUCCUGACUGCGCUGUCCAAGUUGCAAACGCACCAUCUCCUGGGACGCAAGCUGUUCAUGGACAUUCUUUCCGAGAUUGAGCAGGUGUCUAGUUUUACUCGUCCACGCCGGGAGGAUAAGUUAUUUCUUGCUGGUUACGACCACCUCAAUACAAAGUCAAGCAAUUGCGACGAUUGUGAUGUAACCAAAGUUAUUGAACGGCCUCCACGAAACUGCGAGGAUCCUGUGAUUCACUAUGGAACGAUUGUAUUUGUGAAUCAAGCGAAUAACAGUUGGCAGCGAGAUAGGCUAGGCUCCGAGCUCGAUGCUUAUUGUGUGGAAUCGGGUGGAGCAGGGUUUAUGAACAAUUUCCCUUGCCUAAUAAUCCGGGGGAUUAGUGACUAUGCUGAUUCACACAGGACGAAGGAUUGGCAAGGAUAUGCGGCUGCCACUGCAGCAGCAUAUGCGAAAGAGCUCUUGUUGGCCUCAGUUAUCCAUGUCGACCAAACACAGACUGUGCAGAAACCUUCGGCUAAUUCGGAACUUGUCACUGUGGCACAGGUAAAGGACCUGUUGAAAACGACCAGUUGUUCGGAAGCUGUUGCCGCCCCGGCCCCAGCUGCGGCUUUCAGCUACGACGAGUUGAGUGGUGUGUAUCUAGGCACAAUCAGGGGUCAAGAGAUAAUUCCGAGACUGAUCAGGAACCCUGAUCAUUGGAGGAAGAAGAUCAAUGUGCUGUUAGCGCAGCUGAUUGAGAUCCACCCCCAGUGGUGGAUAGAGCGAACAGAGGAGUCUGCGCGUAUCAUGAAUGAAUUCUUUACUCGCAGCAGACUCACUUACCGAGUCAACGUCUAUCCACGACCAAGCGAACGCCCGGUCUACCAUGGCAAUGACCGAGAGUAUCUCAGCAUACUGUUCGAUCACAAUCUGGGGUGGCAAACCCAAUCGGACCCCAACAUUGGGCUGAAUAUUGGUAUUUUGAACAUUUGGUCAAUCCUCGAGUUUCUGGAUCGAGGGGACCUAUAGAGGUGUGCUGGUGAUACUGAGCCUCUGAAAGGUAAUAGUAUAUUUCCAAAGCUAUAGCAUAGUGCUUCCAAGGGAUGGCUUUUCUUCAUGUCUUCACACUGUCCGGAUUCCAUGAGCGUUCGUACUAUUGUCUCGAUCCUGUGUGGUCUCUCACGAAAUCCCUUGUUGUGUCGGUGCAAAACUUUUGCUUCUGUUACACUAAAAAUCUCGCUAUCUCAACAAGCGGGUCCCAUAGCUCAGUUGGUUAGAGCGUAACGCUAAUAACGUUAAAGUCGAGGGUUCGAGCCCCUCUGGGACCAUCUUUUU